AUGCCCUAUAACACAAACGCCAUCCCUCCUCGAAAGGAGCCUACGGGACAGACUCAAUUGCCAUUGUCAAGAGUCAAAAAGAUCAUCAGCCAAGAUCCAGACGUCCAGAUGUGCUCCAACAACGCCGCCUUUGUCAUCACCUUGGCCACUCUAACACAGUAUCUCAUCUUCACGCAGGAAAUGUUCAUCCAGCAUCUCACUGAGGAAGCUCAUGCCCAAGCAAAACUUGAACGCAAGCCCAGACGCAACAUUCAGUACAAGGACGUCGCCAAUGCCAUAUCACGCCGAGACAACCUCGAGUUCCUAGAGGACGUCGCCCCCAAAACCACCACCUUCAAAAAGGCCAAGGCCGCCGCCCAGGCCCAGUCUCGCGGUGAGGCCAUUGCCGAUGCUGACUCUGCUGCUGCUCCCCGCGCCACAGCAAAUGGUGGCAAGAGCAAAUCCAACGGAGCCAAAGCAGCGGUCAACGGCCAAGGCAAAGCCGGCACCAACCCCUUCACACUGUCCCUCCGUGGCGAGGAGAGCAGCAGGAAAGAAACCAUCGCCACCGCGCCGGCGGUGUCCGACGACGCCAAUGAUCAGCUCGAGUUGGAGAUGAGGCAGGCCACGCGCCCUCAGGACGACGCCGAUGUAGACAUGACUGGUUAG